AUGAAACAACUCCUAAUAUUUUUCUGGAUAGCUCUAUACUACAUCACGACAAUUACGGCCAACGGACAUGCGGAACGACUGCCCAAGCGUGAGUUUGACGCGUGCGUGAAAAAAUGUGGCAACCAGUUCGAAGACUGUACAAGAGAGAUGCAUCACCUCUGGCUGAAUUUUGCGAAGAAUAGGGGAACAAUUAUGAAAAAAUUGAGCAGUUGCUGUCUGGACGGUGAGCACGAUCAUGACGCGCCCUCAACGUUAAGUUUUGCUACUUGUGUGAGGGAAAACUGCCGUGCAGAAAUGUGGGGUUGGUCAGAGAAUAGUGUGCGAUCAGCUCGAGUGUUCGAGUCAAAGUACCGGAUUGUAAACUGA